GGGAACAAGUGUAAUACUUAUAAUACGGUGACAGAAAUGGUAAAUGAGCAACCUAGCUGACAAAAAUAGCCUAUGGGCUAUUAUACGUCUGGCUAACGUUCCCAUUAACCUGAAAACGUUAUUUAUGAAUGUUCUCUUAAUGUUUUUAAAAUGGUUUAAAGUAGCCUGUUUCUCUCUUUGUUUUGCUAACAUUUAGGGAACUUUCUGUUUUCCAUUUUCGUUUUGUUUUUUUAGCCUAUUUCGUUUGCGUAUUUUGCAGACAUUACGAAAGUUACAUUUGAAUGUUCUCUGAACGUUGUGAAACAAGUAGUAUUUCAAAAACACACUGUUCAGCUAAAAUGUUUCAGAAGAAAACGUGACUAUGCUGUGUCAGAGUAGACCUACCUAAGCAGUAACUGUGGUAGGCUAGCUGUGUUAAAAAGAAAUGGAGAGAAAGACACUGAAAGCUUCUAUUACAACAAGUAUACUAGCUGUAGCUAAAUUUCGAAGAUAAACACCAUAUAACAUGGUAGCUAGGCCUAUAUUAAAAUAACAGUAGUAGCCUACCACAGUAGCUUUUAUUAAGGGAGACAGCCAAUUAGCCUACUAAAUUAUGUUUUUACAGAAAAUUAACCUGUUUCUUUUUAGAAUAAAUGAAAUGGCAGUUGUUCAGAUAUGACUUGUGCUUUUGAGUUAAAAGAGUAGGCCUAAAUAGGCUACAUUUUAUUUAAAGAAUCAAUUUAACAGCGAACUAAUAGGCCUAGGCCUGUAUAAAAAUACAAAACUGUUAUUUCAGGAGUUUUUACACUUCAAGAAGUGAGUUUUUUCAACUUAUAGGCAUACAUGCGAGUCUCAUCGACUAAACAUAAAACUUAUAGGCUAUUUACCUCUAGAAUAGAGUUUUUUCAACAUAUAGGCAUACAUGUGGCUCUUAUCGACUAAAAAUAACAAAACUUAUAGGCUAUUUACCUCAAGAAGAGAGUUUUUUCAACAUAUAGGCAUACAUGCGAGUCUCAUUGACUAAAAAUAACAAAACAUAUAGGCUAUUUACCUCAAGAAGGGAGUUUUUUCAACAUAUAGGCAUACAUGCGAGUCUCAUUGAUUAAAAAUAACAAAACUUAUAGGCUAUUUACCUCAAGAAGGGAGUUUUUUCAACAUAUAGGCAUACAUGCGAGUCUCAUUGACUAAAAAUAACAAAACUUAUAGGCUAUUUACCUCAAGAAGGGAGUUUUUUCAACAUAUAGGCAUACAUGCGAGUCUCAUCGACUAAAAAUCACAAAAUUUAUAGGCUAUUUACCUCAAGAAGGGUUUUUUUCAACUUAUAGGCAUAUAUGUGAGUCUCAUUGACUAAAAAUAACAAAACUUAUAGGCUAUUUACCUCCAGAAUAGAGUUUUUUCAACUUAUAGGCAUACAUGUGGCUCUUAUCGACUAAAAAUCACAAAACUUAUAGGCUAUUUACCUCAAGAAGGGUUUUUUUAAACUUAUAGGCAUACAUGCGAGUCUCAUCGACUAAAAAUCACAAAACUUAUAGGCUAUUUACCUCAAGAAGGGAGUUUUUUCAACUUGUAGGCAUACAUGUGGCUCUUAUCGACUAAAAAUAACAAAACUUAUAAGCUAUUUACCUCAAGAAGGGAGUUUUUUCAACUUGUAGGCAUACAUGUGGCUCUUAUCGACUAAAAAUAACAAAACUUAUAGGCUAUUUACCUCAAGAAGGGAGUUUUUUCAACUUAUAGGCAUAUAUGUGAGUCUCAUCGACUAAAAAUAACAAAACUUAUAGGCUAUUUACCUCCAGAAUAGAGUUUUUUCAACUUAUAGGCAUAUAUGCAAGUCUCAUCGACUAAAAAUCACAAAACUUAUCGGCUAUUUACCUCAAGAAGGGAGUUUUUUAAACUUAUAGGCAUAUAUGUGAGUCUCAUCGACUAAAAAUAACAAAACUUAUAGGCUAUUUACCUCAAGAAGGGAGUUUUUAAACUUAUAGGCAUACAUGCGAGUCUCAUCGACUAAAAAUCACAAAACUUAUAGGCUAUUUACCUCAAGAAGGGAGUUUUUAAACUUAUAGGCAUACAUGCGAGUCUCAUCGACUAAAAAUCACAAACCCCUUUUGAUUUUGUGAGUGCUUUAAAAUGCCCCAAUUAUUUAGGCCUGUAACUUAGCCAACGACUAACGACUUUUUGACUAAUGCAGAAGUAAAACCAAUCGAUACAUGUAUGAGUUUAUAAAUGUGGUUUUAUGUUAUACAAGACCAAUGACUGACCAACCGAGACCGGCAAAUAGAGAUUUGGCGCCCUCUUCUGGUAAAAUUAGAGAACGUUAAAGAGCCAGUUGAAAGGUAAAUGAUAGUUCUGUAAAACUAUGAUUUGGGCGUCCAACCAAAUUGUUUAUAAGCAGGCUUUUUUUAUAUAUAUAUUUAUUUUCUGAAAAUACAAACAUGUUUAAAUAUUAUAAACAUUAGCUAUAAAUUCAAAUGUUUCUAUUUGUAUGUCAGUAUUCUUUACGUAGUGAACCCACGCACAGGCAACACGAUUCAUGUCUUCUGUUUUAUUGGGGCUAGUUACUGUUUAACAUCUCCACCCAACUUUCAGUUUGUUUAGUAAAUCGAUCUAAUGAGAGGCUCCCCCAACACCACCAAAAGUAUUAUCCAAUGACAUGUUAAACACUUCAUGUACUCGCAUUUGCUCUCUGUAACAGCAAAACAUAUUUAUUAGCAUACAAUUUUGAGCCAUGUUCGUUUGAGUUUUGGUGGAUUAAUGCAAAUCGUUGUUGGACGUGGAGAAGAAAACAUGCCGACAGAGCCCAACAUCAGUCAAGGAGAAAAUGGCGUGAGCUCCAACUGUGCAAUCUGUGGCGACAAAGCCACAGGUAAACAUUAUGGCGCCUCCAGCUGUGAUGGCUGCAAAGGCUUCUUCCGCCGGAGCAUCAGGAAAAGUCAUGUCUACUCCUGCAGGUUUAAUCGUCAGUGUGUCGUUGAUAAAGACAAAAGGAACCAGUGCCGUUUCUGCAGACUUCACAAAUGCUUUCGAGCUGGAAUGAAGAAAGAAGCUGUGCAGAAUGAGCGGGACCGUAUCAGCUCUAGGAGGAACAUGCAAGACUCACAUGAUCUGCCGCCAAUCACAGCCCUCGCUCACGCUGAAGCUCUCUCGCAGCAGAUCAACGCCGCCAGCCCAAUGGGCCCUGCUGAUGUUUCAGAGAAAAAAUCAGCCACUAUCAGUGAUGUCUGUGAAUCUAUGAAGCAACAGCUGCUUGUUCUGGUAGAGUGGGCUAAAUACAUCCCAGCCUUCGGCGAAUUGCCACUUGAUGACCAGGUUAGUUUAUUACGGGCUCAUGCUGGCGAACACCUUCUGCUUGGUGUGGCUAAAAGGUCAAUGCCAUACAAAGACCUUUUGCUUCUAGGUAAUGGCUGUGUUGUCCAUCGAAACUGCCCUGAGCCGGAAAUAGGUCGCGUGUCUAACCGAGUCUUGGAUGAACUGGUCUUGCCCUUCCAGGACAUCCAAAUUGACGACAAUGAAUAUGCAGCGCUAAAGGCCAUUGUGUUCUUUGAUCCAGACGCCAAAAGCUUAAGAGACCCCUCUAAGAUCAAGGCGAUGCGCUAUCAGGUUCAAAUGAGUCUGGAAGACUACAUUAAUGACCGGCAGUAUGACUCUCGUGGGCGAUUCGGGGAGCUUUUGCUGCUGCUUCCUACUCUGCAAAGCAUCACCUGGCAGAUGAUUGAGCAGCUACAGUUUAUCAAGCUUUUUGGUCUUGCCAAGAUAGAUAACCUGCUGCAGGAGAUGCUUCUUGGGGGUUUGACCACAGAACAACCUCACUUACAUCACAAUGGUCACCCUCAGGUUCCAGUAACAGGACAGACUAUAGUCAUUAGCUCCAUACCAGGACCUGCACACUCACAGCAGAUGGCAUCCCCAGAUACCCCCAUUCCAUCUCCCACUUCAGUACAGAACCAGGAGGCCUAUAAGCCCUCCGGCAGCCCGGCUCUCCUGCUACCGCCACAGCCGAUGUCAAACAGACCUUCUCCUGAGCCUCCUCUAUGAGUCUCCUCUCCAGCACAGGCCCUGUGUGUUUGUAUAUGUGUAAAUUGUGUGAGUUAAACUCUUCCCCGCCUCCAGCGCAACAUAUUUAACUGAUCGAAAGAGAACUUUACAGACAAAUUCCAAAUGUAUUGUCAAAGUGGACCACCACAAAUUUAAAAAUUUAUGUUGGAAAGAUUUAUAGUGUUUGUCAUGCUGGCAGACCUGCUUAUCAACCUACCGCUGGUAGUAACUAGUUAAAUAUAGACAAUAUUCGUUUAUUAAUAACAAAUUAUUGUCAGUUACAAGAGACUUGUCAACAGUUUUUGUACUAAUAAAAACUCAAGAUUUAAUUUAUUAAGAAAAUUAUACUAUGCGACACUCAAGAAAUGUUAAUUUUUGCUUGAAAAUGUGCCCUUUAACACAAUAAAUAAAUAAAUACU